UACGUUAACUGCAGUCAGUGCAACCAAGUGCCUGUGUACCCAAUAUAUUAUAAAUACCUGUCCUCUUUUCUAUCAAAUACUUAAGGUCAACAUAAUUCGCUUAAAAAUAGUUUACAACUUUAAAGAGCUUGACACUGUAUAACACUACAAUUACUGAACCGUCCAAUAUAGGUUGACUUUUACAUGUUUUAUACGGUUUUGGAUUUAAAAUAGGAUAAAAUCGAAUUAAGACAUCCAAAAUGGAUAACAUUUAUUUUUAUAUAUUUACGUUUUGUUCUUUAGUUUUAUCUACGUUUUCUCAGACACCAACAAUUAACAGUACAUUAGGAGACAUUGUAGGGAAAACUUCAAAGGUACAUUUAGAAGGAUUUAUUGACAGGAAUGUACACGAAUACCUUGGUAUUCCAUAUGCUCAACCGCCAACUGGGGACCUGAGAUUUCGCAAGCCAGAACCUCUGACGUCAUUGCCUUCGCCAUUUUAUGCACAGACGCAUGGCGCUAUAUGCACACAGUUUGCAUGGACGACGGAAGCUGCGGGAGUCCCGCAGAGCGAGAAUUGUUUAUUUCUCAAUGUAUAUGUUCCUGAACGAGACGUCACGAUCCCAGCUGAAAGCCCAAAUACGUAUGCUGUUAUGGUUUGGAUACAUGGAGGCGGGUUUGAAGCAGGAGCAUCCAACCAUUAUAAUGGAUCUACUCUGGCUGCGACAGGUAACAUUAUUGUUGUUACUGUCAACUACAGGCUUGGCGUGUUUGGAUUUCUCAGUACCGGAUAUGACAAGGAACCCAGAAACUUUGGCCUAUGGGACCAACAUAUGGCUUUACAAUGGGUUCAUGACUACAUUGGGGACUUUGGCGGAGAUAAUGAAAAAGUAACAAUUGCUGGUGGAUCUGCCGGUGGCAUUAGUGUAGUUCUACAGGCACUUAGUCCCAAAAUAAACCAUGGACUUUUCAAUAGAGUCAUUACACAAAGUGGAAGUGUAUCUGGUCCAAAUUUCGGCCUAGAUAAGGAUGGGUGGAAGGACACAGUAACGGUUGCAGGCAGCCUUGGAUGUAUGAUUGAUUCGGCGGAGGAAGUGAUGGAUUGCUUGAGGGAGAAAACUGUGGACGAAUAUUUAACAAUAUUGCAGAAUUUGUUUGUACGUUUCGGUCCAUUAGUAGAUGACGACUUAAUUGGAAUGAAUUAUCUGCAUAUAACAAAAAUGUCGGAAAAUAAGAGUUUGAAAGAAGUUGAAUUCUUCCGUUCACUGGAUAUUUUAAGCGGCUUUAAUGCCUUUGAAGGGGCAUUCAUGUUGCCUUUUGUGAUGGGACCGCCCGGACAAAUAGAAAACAUACAGAUCACACGCGAGGAAAUGAGAACAAAUUAUUUGCCUAGUAUGUUUAGUAUGGACUUUGCAGAUGAGGUAAUGAAAGUAGUCGAGGCUCAGUAUACGAACUGGACAAACCCUGAUGAUUACAACUCAGUUCGUCUGCAAAUUACCAAACUGAUAGGGGACCGAUCUUUUGCCAUACCAGCUAUAGAAAUGGCACGUAUUCAUAAUAAGUCCGGCAAAAACUUUAUGUAUCACUUCGCGCCGAAACCAUCUGCCGGUAGAUUUUCAGUUCCUAGCUGGAUACCAGGCGCGACCCAUGCUGACGAGAUUCUCUUCAUGUUUGGAACAAUCGGUAAAAUUGGUGUCGGUAAAGAGAAUGCUUGGGAAAUAGAGCUUGCCAUGAAAAUGAUGAAAUAUUGGACAAAUUUUGUAAAAACUGGCAACCCAAACUCACCAGAUCCGGUAUCGCCAAAGUGGCCAGGGUACAGCAUUGACACCGGAGAUUAUCUGAUGCUGGACAAAUCCAUGUCUGACGAAUCUGCAAGACAACAUUUCUAUGCAGAAGAGGCUAACUUCUGGCUGGAAGUUUUUCCAGAUCUUGUUGAUGCUGUACAAGAGGAUGACAAAGGAAACUGUGGGGACGGGAUCUUCACAAGUGCUGCUCCAAAUGUACCCGUUUACAACACAGCUGCAUUCAUAACAGUGGUGACUCUAGCUUUUUUUUCUAUGUUUUAAUGUUGUGGUAAAUGAUGAAUAUUAUACUAAACAUUAUUCACGUAUAUAUUACAUGUACUGUAUACCAACGUAAAUAUUGCAGUAAACUUUCAAGUCCCAAGGACAGUUCUAUGACAAUAAUUAUUAUUUAAUCAAUUCUGAAAUUUACAGUUAUAUGCCAACACAAACAUUUCAGUUUCAUCAUAAAAAAAUUAUCAACAACUGUUGCCGCAUGAUUAACAGAAAAAUGCUCUUUACUGCUAUGAAUAUUGUUUUACAAGACUGUGCGCAAUGUUUGUUCAAUAUCAUGCUACUGUAGUGCUAGUUUAUGCGUAAUGUGAUAGUAAAAGAUGUGUUUAAUAUCAUGUGAAAGUACAAGUCUAUACUUAAUGAAAAAGCAUUAGAAAAGUUUAGUAUCAUGCUAAAGUAAUUUACGAACCUGUAUGUAAUGGGACAACAUUAGAAAAGUAUAAUAUCAUGCUUUAAUAAUAUUCUUCUAUACGUAAUGUGACAUCAUUAGAAAAAAUGUUUAAAACCACACUAAAGUCAUAUUUUCUACUCUGUACUUGUAUAGCAAUUAACACAACUUUGUCCGUAUCGCUGUCAUUUUAAAGGAAAGUGAAGCUUUAGUCUCUCUCUUGUUGAAUGAUUAGUAAACACUGUGGUCUCUUAUUUGUCGCUUGUAUUUGCGCGCACAACUUUUUUUCCGAAUAAAAGUACAUGUAUCUGAAUUAUGAAAACAGUUGAAUGCACAAAUUUUGGAAUUCUAUUGUUCAUGUCUUUGGGAGAGUUUAAUUUCAUAGUCUUCAGUUAUAAGGACCUCCGUGGUCGAGUGCUUAAGUUCGCUGAUUUCGAGAAUCACUUGCCCUUUCGAACCCACUUGAUCAAUUCUUCAUGUGAGGAAGCCAUCCAGCUGGCUUAAGGAAGGUCGGUGGUUCUGCCAAGGUGCUCUCCCGUCAUGAAAUAGCGCAAAGAGGGGCACCUGGGGUUAUCCACCAUCAAAGCUGGAAAGUCGCCGUAUGACCAUAUGGCCUGUAACUGUGUCGAUGCGACGUUAAACCAAGCAAAACAAAUAAUCAAUUAUAAGUCGAAUACCUGUAGUAUGUAUCUUUCUCUUGUCACAAAUAAGAAAUAGUCACAUAUAUCAUGAUGUCUUUGGUGGUCUUUGAAGUCUUGACAUCUUGCAAUAUUAUUAUCUUAUUGUUUCUCUCUAAAACGGAAGCAUAUUAAUGAGCCUCAACAACCAUGAGUAUUCAAAUUCAUUGACGUGUUUUUGUGCACAUAAAGAAUAAAGCUUCGUUUCAAAUACGCAAGCUUCUAAGUGCUCAACUGGCUCAGGUACCCAAAUUUUCCCCAACUGCUGAGCUCGUUCCUGCGAUUAGGGAGAUGCGACUGAUGCAAUAUUCUACUUGCGGUCGAUUGGUCCUUUGCGUUUCACUGAGCUCUUGUUAUUCAUUAAAGAUGGCCGUGGCCUAAUAGGACAAUAUGGCUUUUGUAAGCCAUGUUUUAACUGGUCACUUUUCCGUAGAAUCACAAGCGGUCGGAGACCUCGAACGGUGCACAGUUAUAAUCAAUGACUGGAUGAAUAGAAACAAAUUGAAAAUGAACACUUCAAAAACCGAAUUUAUUAUGUUUGGUUGCAAACCCCGAUUGAUCAAAUGUUUAACAUUGCUCUGCCAUGUUGAAUUAUCUACGAAUUAAGGAAAUAUUGAACAAGCAGCCACUGAAAGAUUAGUUUUGUAUCUAGUUAUUUCACAUCUGGAUUACUGCAAUAUCAUAUUGUUUUGUGUAGCUAACGGUGAAUUGCGUGAGAUGCAACGUAUUAAAAACAUGUGUGCAAAACUAGUUCUUAAAAGGAGGAAAUUUGAUGGUUCCAAACAAGCUUUGUACGACAUAUAUUGGUUGUCGGUGAAAAGAUACAUUCUUUGAUGUAUAUCUGUCACAUUGGCAGAGCACCUAUGUAUUAAAUAGAAUUGCUUACAUAGUACAUUCCUAGUAGACAAGGUUUGAGAUCGUCAGAAAAUUCGAAUGUCCUUAUGUUGUUCCAUACAACAAGUGCAAAACAUUUGAUUAUAGAAAUUUCUGUACUAAUGGUCCAAAACUUUAAAAUGAACUGCCAUUAGAAUUACGCUAAAGUAAUU